AUGAAAUAUAUUCUUGUUACUGGUGGUGUUAUUAGUGGUAUUGGUAAAGGUAUUAUCUCAUCAAGUAUUGGGACAAUACUUAUUUCUUAUGGAUUUCGUGUAACAUCAAUUAAAAUUGAUCCUUAUAUUAAUAUUGAUGCUGGUACAUUUUCACCAUUUGAACAUGGAGAAGUAUUCGUACUUGAUGAUGGCGGUGAAGUCGAUUUAGAUUUGGGUAAUUAUGAACGAUUUCUUGGUAUUACAUUACAUCGUGAUAAUAAUAUAACAACUGGUAAAAUUUAUCAGUAUGUUAUUGAUAGAGAACGACGUGGAGACUACCUUGGAAAAACUGUGCAAGUUGUACCCCAUAUAACCGAUGCUAUUCAAGAAUGGGUUGAACGUGUUGCUCGGAUAUCCGUUGAUGAUGAUACCGCGGAACCAGAUAUAUGUAUUAUUGAACUUGGUGGUACAGUUGGUGAUAUUGAAAGUAUGUCAUUUGUUGAAGCCUUUCGACAAUUUCAAUUUCGUGUAAAGAAAGAAAAUUUUUGUGUUGUUCAUGUCAGUCUUGUUCCACAACCAAAUUCAACUCAAGAACAUAAAACAAAACCAACUCAACAUAGUGUAAAAGAACUUCGUGGUUACGGUUUAACACCUGAUCUUAUUGUUUGUCGAUCUACAACACCAAUGCCUUUAUCUGUUAAAGAAAAAAUCUCAAUGUUUUGUCAAGUUGAUAAAGAUCAUGUUAUUUGUAUGCCUGAUGUCAAAACAUUGUAUCGUGUUCCUAUAUUACUUGAAGAAAGUGGUGUCUACAAUUUCCUAUCAACGCGUCUCAAUCUAAUACAAAAAUCUAGUUAUGAUGAAUCGUUUAUGAUCAAGUGGCGUGAUUUGAUCGAAAGAAGUGAACGACAACUUGAUGAAGUUGUUAUUGCUCUUGUUGGAAAAUAUACGGCUUUAGAAGAUGCUUAUGCUUCCGUACUUAAAGCACUCAAUCAUGCUGCACUAUUCUGUAAUAGAAAAUUAAAAAUACGAUUUGUUGAUUCAACAGAUUUAGAAGAAAAUACAAAAAAAGAAGAUCCAGUUAAAUAUCACGAAGCAUGGCAACAACUUUGUAGCGCACAUGGUGUAAUUGUACCUGGUGGAUUUGGUUCACGUGGUAUUGAAGGUAAAAUAGCAGCUAUUGAAUGGGCACGAAAACAAUCGAAACCAUUUCUUGGCAUAUGUCUUGGUCUACAAUGUGCUGCUAUUGAAUUUGCAAGACAUGUUUUAAAUUAUCAUGAUGCAACAUCUUCAGAAUUUGAUACAACGAAUCAUCAAGUGAUUAUUGAAAUGCCUGAACAUAACACAGGAAAUAUGGGUGGUACAAUGAGAUUAGGACGUCGAACAACUCAUUUUGUAACAGAUGAUAGUAUUAUUAAAAAACUUUAUGGAAAUGUUGAUUCAAUCGAUGAACGUCAUCGUCAUCGAUAUGAAGUUAAUCCACGAUAUAUUGAAGAAUUUGAAAAGGCUGGAAUGAAAUUUGUUGGAAAAAGUGAUGAUAAUCAACGAAUGGAAAUACUUGAACUUGAUAAUCAUCCGUAUUUCGUUGGUGUUCAAUAUCAUCCAGAAUAUAUUUCACGUCCAUUAAAACCCUCAGCUCCAUAUUUAGGACUUAUUUGGGCUGCAUGUGGUGAAUUAAAAAAUGUAUUAAUGCAUGUUACAAAAGAACAAAUGGCAACAACUGAUAGUACAAGAAAAUCUUCAGGAACAUUUUCUCAUAAGAAUUUAUUUCGUCAUACAUAA